GCGCGCGCCUCAUCCAAAGUGUCAGGGAGUAUAAAGAAGAGGCGUCCCGCGGGCAGCGGACACUCUGCCGCUCGAGACUACCGGAGACCGUCAGUCGCGCUCUACUCAUCCGUCUCCUCCUCUCGCAUAUGGGAUAAUACCGCCAACGUUGCUGACUUUUGACGAACGCGGCACGUUUUAACCGACUGAGGGAAGUCAUCACGGGCAUCGUGUCAGCUUCAUUCGGGCUGACGGAGUCCCGUUACCGGUUGUUUGUUGCUCUUAAAGGAGAAGGUAAAGAAUACAAAGUAAUUUGGUGCGCAUGCUGCCGCUUGGUGGGAUGCAGACUGGCCGCGCGCUGCGCGCGCUUAUGUUGUUACUGAGCUGCGCGUGGCUGCGCUCCGUCACCGCGGCCUCGAGGCUCAAGGCGCCCGCGCUGCCAAUCCAGUCGGAGAAGGAGCUGCUGCCCGCCAAAGGACUCUCAGGCUGCUCGUUUGGUGGCUGGUUCUACUCCCUGGAGGACACCUGGCACCCUGACCUGGGCGAGCCCUUCGGGGUCAUGCACUGCGUCCAGUGCUUCUGCGAACCUCAAAAGGGCCGUCGGGGCAAGGUGUUCGGUAAGGUGAACUGUAAGAACAUCAAGCAGGACUGCCCCGAGCCAGACUGUGACCACCCCAUACUGCUCCCGGGACACUGCUGCAAGACCUGCCCCAAAGGAGACAAGGAGUCCCUCCCCGACCCCGGGCUCGACUACUUCCAGGAGAAGGGCAAGGAGAAGGAGGACGACCUCCACAAGUCCUACAACGACCGGUCCUACCUCAGCUCAGAGGACAUAGGCCCGGCCGAGAGCCGCACCGACUUCGUGGCCCUGCUGACGGGGUUGUCUGAUUCCUGGCUCCCAAGCACCAACAGUGUGGCCCGGGCCCGCUUCUCCCUGACCCGCACCAGCCUGGCCUUUUCCAUCACAUACCAGAGGAUGGGCCGUCCAAGUAAGAUUGUCUUCCUGGAUUAUGAUGGAACCACUGCCUUCGAGUACAAGGUCCCCAAGAGCCAGUCCGACAUGAUCUGUGGCGUAUGGAAGAACCUUGCCAAACCUCUGCUGCGACAGCUGCAGAACGGGCAGAUGCGCAUCACCAUGGCAAUGUCUACCGGCCAACGCAAAGAAGUCGAGGGCAAGAUCAUCAAACACAGGGCGCUAUUUGCCGAGACCUUCAGCUCCAUCCUGACGACGGAGGAGCCGACCCAGGGCAUGGGGGGCAUCGCCAUGCUGACCCUGAGCGACACGGAGAACAACCUCCACUUCAUCCUCAUCCUGCAGGGCCUGCUCACACACACACACACAGACCCCCCGCUGGUGCCCAUCAAGGUCCAGCUACUCUACCGGCAACACGUCUUGAGGGAGAUCCGAGCCAACAUCACUGCUCAUGAUCCAGACUUUGCAGAGGUUCUCAUGGACCUGAACAGCCACGAGCUGUUCUGGCUGUCCCGAGGCCAGCUAGAGAUCUCCGUGGCAACUGAAGGACAGGACACGCGGCAAAUCUCCGGCUUCAUCACUGGCAGGAAGUCCUGUGACACCAUUCAGAGUGUCAUGUCCAGUGGCGACGCCCUGAACCCAGGGAAGACAGGAGGCGUGGGUUCCGCCAUCUUUCAUCUCCAUGACAACGGAACACUGGACUACCAGGUCCAGGUUGCGGGCCUGAGCGGCGAGGUGGUGGGCCUCACCAUCGAGUUGAAGCCCCGGCGGCGCCACAAGCGCUCUGUUCUAUACGACCUGACGCCGGAGCUGGACGUCGCGCUGGGCAACGCCCAGGGCAGCUGGAGCCGGCUGGAGGCGCGCCACAUCCACAUGCUGCUGCAGAACGAGCUCUUCAUCAACGUGGCCACCGCGCACAGCCAGGAGGGGGAGCUGAGGGGGCAGAUCAAGGCCCUGCUGUACAGCGGGCUAGGGGCGCCGCGCCACGAGCUCCCCAUCCUGCUGGCGGGCGUGCUGGUGGUCCCCCCGGUGCUGAGCAGUGCGGGGGGACACGCCUGGGUGUGGGUGGACGAGCAGUGCCACCUCCACUACCAGAUCGUUGUUGCAGGGCUGAGCAAGGGGGAGGAGCUGGCGGGCAGCGCCCACCUGCACGGCCUGGCCGAGAUCGGGGAGAUGGACGAGGGGAGCCACGGCUCCAAGAGGCUCCUCACCGGCUUCUACGGCCCGCAGGCCGGCGGGGUGCUGAAGGACCUGAGUGCAGAGCUGCUGCAGCACUUAGGCCGCGGGACGGCCUUCCUCCAGAUCACCACCAAGCUCAACCCGCAGGGGGAGAUACGAGGACAGGUCCAUGUUCCUAACAGCUGUGAGGUCAGUGUGCGGGGUGAGGCGGGGGACGAGUCGGAGGCUGAGGCGGCAGGGGGGGGAGGGGACCCCGAGGAGCUGAAGAAGGACCCCAACACAUGCUUCCUGGAGAACCAGCACCACGCCCACGGCUCCCGCUGGACCCCCAACUACAACAAGUGCUUCUCCUGCAGCUGUCAGAAAAAGACGGUCAUCUGUGAUCCAGUGAUCUGCCCCCUGUUGACCUGUGGCCAAACCCUCCAGCCCGAGGACCAGUGCUGCCCAGUCUGUGACGAGAGGAAAGAGCCCAAGGACACCAAAGCCCCGGAGAAGGUGGAGGAACAUCCUGAAGGGUGCUACUUUGAGGGCGACCAGAAGAUGCACACCCCGGGCACCACAUGGCACCCCUUCAUCCCUCCCUUCGGCUACAUCAAGUGUGCCCUCUGCACCUGCAAGGGCUCUACAGGCGAGGUACACUGUGAGAAGGUCACAUGUCCCGUGCUGACCUGCAGUCGCCCAGUCAGGCGUAACCCAUCUGACUGCUGCAAGGAGUGCCCCCCUGAGGAAGAGAAGCAACCCGUGGGGCUGGAGCACGCAGACAUGAUGCAGGCCGACGGCACGCUCCAAUGCAAGUUUGGCAAGAACUUCUACCAGAACAGCGACACCUGGCACCCGCGGGUGCCCCUGGUGGGGGAGAUGAAGUGCAUCAACUGCUGGUGUGAUUAUGGUGUGACUAAGUGCCAGAGGAAGCAGUGUCCUGUGUUGACCUGCCAGAACAUCGCCCGCAAAGAUGACAAAUGUUGCCCGGAUUGCCUUGAUUCCAAAGAGGAGGGAGAAGAGGAGGAGGAGAAGGAGGAGGAGGUCCUAAUGAUGAAGGUCCCGGACAAGAGGCCGAGCUGGAGGCACUGAAAAACACAUCCACCAAAACUAACCCCCCUCCCCCCCCCAGAUCCUCCAACAGAACUACCGUUACUGCACCUUCAGAACGUAUCCAUGCCCCCCAUUGCGACCACACCCCUUUGGCUGACCCAGGAGAGAAGGCUUUUCUUACUGAGGGGGGGGUCUGCCAUGAGGACAGCGGGGGCCUUGUCAUGGGAGGGCGGGGUGAGCUGGCUCCCCGGCAGCCUUCCUGUUCCUCUCUCCUCUCCUGGGCCAGGAGGGUGUCUCUCUGGCUGUGCGGCGCUGCAUAGCAGAGUGUUUUAAACCGGCCUGCACUGGCUCACCGCUGGACACCAGGAACCAUUCUUCAGUUUGUGUUUUACUCCCGUCCUCAAACAGCAUCCAUCUGAUGGGACAUGUGUGUUGUAAAUUGUGUGUGUGUCUAUGAGGGAUUGUGUUUGGGUGUGUGUGUGUGUGUGUGUGUGUGUGUGUGUGUGUGUGUGUGUGUGUGUGUGUGUGUGUGUGUGUGUGUGUGUGUGUGUGUGUAUGUG